AUGUCAGGCUAUUUAGAGGUGAAGCACCCUUUAAAGUCAAACCUAGCCCUGAAUCCUUUCAAGUCGUGGAGGAGACAAUGGUGUAUACUUCGGCCAAGUGCAACUUGUGGUGGUGCAUCCCUAGCUGUGUACUGCAGCGAAGCGGGUGCUCCAGCGGGGACGGUAGAGCUUCCUUCUGGUUGUGUUGUGAAACGGGCAAAGUCCCGUACGCGACCGCAUGCGUUCGCCGUGUUUUCUGUUGACGAACCGUGCAAGCCUCGUGUGUUGCUCGCAGCACCUUCUCAUAAUGAUGCGCAGCUUUGGAUGGAUAAAAUUAGAAAUUUAUUGAGUAGUGAUAAACUAUUAGGCGACAGUUUACUCAAAGAUUCGUACUCGGUGACGGUGAUGAACACGGAUCUGUCUCGGAAGUGCGGCCUGGGAGGUGCGGACUGCACGGUGUCGCUGGCGGGCGCCGGGCUCCUGGUGGCGAAGCCCCGAGCUCUCGCGGCGCUGCUGCCCUGGAAGCAUCUCACAGAUGCACGGCUUUCGGAAGCCGGCUGCGAUAAGAACACUUGUAUUCUAUCGCUCGAUAGCGGUUUCAAACACGGCAGUGGUGUGAUGAAAAUGUGGACGCCGAUGGCGAGCGAGCUGGUGUCGCAUGUUCGUGACGCGCUGCAGUUGCACGACAAACGCGACAAUAAGUUCAACAACAUGUUCGGCAACACGCUCGUCAACUCCCGCGACACCAAGCUUAGCCGUAGCGAUGGUGAUCUCAGCACGCACAAGACUGACGACUCAGAUGAAGUUCGUCGCAGCAGCUGGUACAGCGGUCCGUCGGAAAUAUCACUGGACGACACUGAUCUCAUCAUGUCCAAGGAAGCGCGUCGCAUUGGCAGCGGCACGCUGGCUUUGAGGGCCCGGGCACUUCUGCAUCUCGCUCCCUUCGGAACGUACAACGACAGUGCGUCAGACCGUCGUUCACUGGCGUCAGUUGCGUCCGGAGUGUACGAGGAGAUCUCGGAGGAGCCGCCGCGCACUUGCGGUGAGGUGCAGACGCUGGAAAACCUAGAGAAGUUGGAGCAUCUGGAGAAGUUAGAGCAGCUGGAGAAGCUGGAACAGCUGGAGGAGCCCACGUACGAGUCGGUGGCGGAGUGCAUCUACGCCACGGUGCGGAGGCACAGGCGGUGUCCGCCGCCGCCAUUACCGCCGCGCCAGCAGUUCGGGUACAAAUACAAAUACUAA